AUGGAGGACCCCACCUGGCACGGCCACGACGCCGAUGUACUCCACGGCCUGAUGACCGGCUGUGAGACCAUGACUUCCUUGCCCUCGGACCUGUUUGAUCCAUUCAAGAACUCCGGACUACCCUUUGGAGAAGCGCUGCUGGACGGCUAUGAUGGUCUCACUCCUCUGCACUCCGAUCUGACUGGCCAAUACAAACACUCCGACCUGAAUUUUGGAGACUCUCUGCUAGAUCUCCACCUCCAGCAGCCUGAGUUUUGGUCAUCAGCGGAAUCCUACGACCUAUACUCCUCGCAAUACGCCACCUCCUCCCAAGAUGCCUGGACCCCGCUACAAAUCACCGGUGUCCCAGCUAAUAACCCGUGUUCUUCGCUGGCGCAAAUGAAUGCGGAUUUCUACUUCUCCAACAACCACAACCACUACGGCACACCCUCGGAGUGCGAAAGCCAGUACAUGAGCAGUCUGCACUCGGAUUCGGGGUAUGGUACCGCGAGCUGUGCCACGCCGUCAGUCGUGCCGUCCUCGUACGGCAUGGACAUGACCUCCAGUCCUUCACAGAUCGAUACCCAGGACCAAACGACAUGUCCAUUCAACCAAUCCUCACCGUCACACAUGUAUAACGGCUCGGUGAAAUGCGACUAUCCCCGUUGUUCGUGGGUAGGCAAGUGUCUAUCAGACAAGAGGUACGGACGUUCGUCACCUUUUCUGAUCAACUACAAAAGUCUAACUAAAGCGAACAGAAAACACAAUGCCCGACACCAGAAGCGCUUCAAGUGCGACGAGCCCAACUGUUCCCGCAAAGAGGGCUUCGGCACGAUCAACGACCUGGCCCGCCACAAGAAAUGCGUGCACAACAAGGAGCCCGAGCGCGGGCCUAAGAUGGUGUAUAUGUGUCUUGGGAAGAGCUGCCCGCGUCCGGGUAAGAAGUGGCCGCGCUUGGAUAAUUUCCGGCAACAUCUGUCCCGGAUGCAUGGGGAUGAGGACGCCGAAGUACUAUUGAAGAGAUCUAUGGAUUGGUAUGAGGCUUCCACCGCAUGCUCAGAUGCCCAGCCCGUGUCUCACAAUGAUGUGGACCGGAGGAAACGCAAAUUUGUGGCCCUGAGGUAG